AUGGCGGCCACUUUACCAUCAGGCAUCACGCUCCGCUCGCCCUCCAAGUACACCAGCUCAACCACGCCCGCGCAGUCCUCCUCCUCGUCCUCCUCCCCUCCUCCACCAACGCUCGACUGGCUCCACCGCACCUGGACCGUGACGCACUCGACCCUCACCAUGUGGCGCACAGCCCGCAACGUCCGCAUCACCUACAAGCCCCUCCCCGGGUCGGCCGCCGGCGCCCCGCGCCUCGACGACCUCGUCGAGUACGAGCCCACGGGCGCAUCAACGCCCAAGCUCAAGACGGUCGCCGGCGUCGACACGGCGGCGGGCGCCGACACGACGGCCUGGGACUGGCGCGGCAGCGGCCUGCUGUUCUUCGUCUCGUCGCACUGGGAGGUGCUGGGGUCCGGCGAGCGGCCGCUGCCCGGGGGUGGCGUCGAGAGGUGGGCUGUCACGUGGUUCGCGCCGACGCUGUUCACCAAGGAGGGACUCGACGUCUACUGCGACCGCAGCGAGGGCAUCAGCGAGGAGGCGUAUGCCGAGGUGCUCGCGGCGCUGAGGCGGUUGGAGGCCAGGCCUGUUGUGGACAUGGUCGAGGCCGAUAUGCGCCCGGUGGAGAUUCGACUGCCGUGGCUUGAGGGCAAGGGGGGGCAGUGA